AUGCAACCUGUUUUAACGGAUUCACUCUUAAAUACUUUAUAUCAAGCAACCAAUAACUUUUCACUUGGUCUAAACUAUGACUUAAUUUUAAAUAAUGAUAACGAUGAGUUUGAAGAAAAAGCUAGUCGUAUAUUUCAUUACAU